AUGUCAGGGCUCGAGGUCAUUGGGGGAAUCUCCACGGUCAUUACUCUCCUCGACGCCUCCAUCAAGGUCUAUGACAGUGUCCAGAGUGAUGCGAGGCUCUCUGGGACGUUCGAAGUCGUCCGACGCCGGUUGCCCGUUAUCCUCCAUGUCCUUCAGAGAUGCAAGAAUGUCCUUGAACAGAGCAAAGACUCUAUGUCGUCAGAUGUUUGCGAGGCUUAG